AUGCGUGUAUGGCCUCAAAUGAACCCUGGUCGAGAAAAAGCUUUCGGUUCCGUAGUGGAGGUAGAGAAGAAACGAGUUGGCAGACAGUCUGAGAUUGAUGCUGGCCUGAAGAGAAAAGCAGCCAUUCUCUUGCACUUUAUCUUCUGCCUCCGUUUCCUGCAGGGGCUGGCUGUAGAUCUGCUUAAACCUCCAGACGGGUACAUGCUGCUAGGCCUGCGAUUUCGUUUUCACUGCCGCCCGUGCUGCCUUGACACAUGGACCAAUAUACAGGCUUUUGUUUGGCAGUCUUUUAACGAUGCCAAGUACAGUUGA